CUCGUCAGCUCUUGCGUGGGCAUUCUGCUCCGUCGUAAAUUAAACACACGGGCCAUUUUCGAGGCUCUGCCGCUUCAUAAGAUCUAUGGUCGUCACCUAAGGUAUUCCGACCUUUACACAAAAGGAAAUAAUCUGGCCCUCUCAUUCAGCUACUUUACAACCUGCACCAGAGUGCACCCCCGGUUACCAGCAUCAUCAUGGUCCAGGUACAAAAGCUGACAGCAGAGACCCUCCUCGGCGCUCCUCGGCGCGGUGUCGCGGUCCCGAAUCACGACGGCGCCCUCGCCCUCUUCACCCUCUCCACGCACAGCUUCGACGACGGCAAGACGCGCAAGGAGGUGCGCGUCGCCGACCUCACCACCGACGGCGCACCCUCGCGCCAGCUCAGCGACGACGACAAGGUCCACGAUGCCGUCUGGAUCCCCGGCACCAACAACGUCAUCUAUCUCAAGUCGGAGGACAAGGGCGUGACCAAGGCCUUCGUCGCCAGCGGAGAGCAUGUCGGCGCUGAGCACUACCUGGUCGCCGAGUUCGACGCCCCCGUCGCCAACAUCAAGCUACAGCGGCUCGAUGAUGGUGGUGUCGUCUUCAUGGUGACGGGCCUUGUUGGCACUCAGGGGGAAUUGUACAAUGAUGAGGUCGUCGAAAAACGGUCUACCGCACGCGUCUUUGACACUGCCCAGAUUCGCGUUGAGCAGCGCUACUCGCUCUGGUACAACAAGCUUCAGCUCGAGGACGGUCGUUGGUCUCUCGCCGGCCCGCUGCUCAACCUGCUGACUGACGAGCCUAACCUCGAGGCCCCAGCCGGCAUGUAUGACGUUGCAGAGCCGCUGAGCAAUUUUGACAUCUCGCAUAGAGGCGUCGCUUUCUUCGCUCGCGACGUGACCCGUCGACGCCCCGACGAGGGCAUCGUCACGCUGCCUUUUUUCGUGUCGAUCGACUCGUUCACCCUACCACCCACAUCCAAGCCCAAGCCCAUUGUCCUACCCUCCGACGUGCGCCCCUGCAUCGGCGGCAACAUGCGCUUCUCGCCCGACGACGCGAGCAACGUCAUGUUUCUCUACUCGCAGCCCGGCGACCUGUACGCGAACCGUCUGUAUCUGGCCUCGACGGGUUCGCUUGCCGCGUUUGAUGUCUUUGCUCUCGUCACGCGCACCUUGGGCCCCAGCGGCGAGCACGGCAGCGGCGGCGAUGGCAACGUUGAGGAACAUGACCCCCCGGGUGCAUUCGAGUUUGCGGGUAGCUCGGAUACCCUCAUCCUGGAAAGCCAAAAGUGCGGCCGCACCGUGCUUUCGACCCUGAAGCUGCAGGACGGAGAACGCCCUCACUUCGUCUUCCGCGAAGGCUCCGUUUCUGGAUACUACCCAUUGCGCGAGGGCUGCUGGGAGAAGCUCUUGGUGUCGAGCAGCAGCUUCGUGGACAGCAGCACGUGGCAGUUGGUUGACAUUUCUGCAUCAUUCGGCCCCCAUGGAUCGAGCGACGACGUCAGGGCAGAGAGCGGCGGCAGCGACGUGCGCGUCAUAUCGUCUGCGACCAAGCACGGCGCCAAGUUUGGCAUUUCGCGCGACAUGGUUUCCGAAUUUUGGUACGAGGGCGCGCAGGGCGUGUGCCUGCACUCGUUUAUGCUACGACCAACCGACUUUGACGAGACGAAAAAGUACCCCUGGGUUUUGAUGCCACACGGGGGCCCGGUGUCUUCAUGGUCGGACGCCUGGAGCACCAGGUGGAACAUGGCGGCUUGGGCAGAACAGGGCUACGUCAUUGUGUGUCCCAACAUCACCGGCAGCACCGGCUAUGGACUCGAGCUGGCCAGGGGAAUCAAUGGCCAAUGGGGAGGCAGGGCGUUUGAGGAUCUGGUGAAUCUCAUCGCCUACCUCGAGAAGCUGUCCUAUCUGGACCAGAAUAAGGCGGUCCUCGCCGGCGCCAGCUAUGGCGGAUACAUGGUCAGUUGGUUCUUUGGACAAGAGAUUAUCAACAAGUUUUGCUGUGCCGUAUGGCACGAUGGCAUGCAUAAACUGCCCUCCUUCUUCCUCCAAAACGACGUCAUAUUCGACGACGGCUCCUUCCACGGGCCCCUGUACUACUGGCAGGACCCGGCGGCCUUUGAGCGCUUCAACCCGGGGCGGGCAGAGCUCCUGCGCAACUGGGGACGCGCGCCACCGACCAUCAUUAUCCACAGCGAUAAGGACUACCGGUGCCCCCUGACGGAGGGGCUGGCGGCCAUGAACACGCUGCAUGCGCACGGGGUGCCGACGCGCUUCCUUACGUUCUCGGACGAGCGCCACUGGGUGCUAAACCCGGAGAACAGCAGAGUUUGGCACAAUGAGGUGUGGGGAUGGGUUCGCAGAUGCGUGGACGGUGAGAUAAAGCGUGGAGAUGCCUCAUGGUGAGAUGAUCUGGCCUAGUAAGGGGUGGCUUCUUUAGUGUUUGUGCUAUUCUUGCGCAACUAGGCACAUUCCUGGCCCUUCUAUUGAAGUGGUAUGACGCGCGCUCCUUGUAUCAGUUCUACAAUGCAGUCACUGUGGCAUCUUACGUAUGGAAGUUCAACUUAGAUUAGUCUUGACACGUACGUGUGCAGUCUCAAACGCAUGUACGACAUUGGACCAUCUGUACAUUGGAGG